AUUACAAUAACGACUUUUAUUAAAAAUUCUUCUUCUUGCAUAUAUAUUUCUGUAGUUCUACAAAAUACUUCAUGGCAAUCGCUAACACCAGGUACCACAGUAGCUGAUUACCUCUCCCAUCUUCCAGCCAAUACGCUGCCAUUGUCGUUACAUCAUUUCCUCAAGUAUUCAGCGGAGACGAUAAAGAAAGAAAAUCAAGGCGUAGUACAAACUGGGCCACCCAUUGGCAUUAAUACCAUAGGCGGAACAACAACCAUUACAAUACCUCAACAGCAAACGACAGCACAAAUGCAACAGCAACAGCAGACACAACAACAACAAUUACAACAGCAACAACUACAACAGCAGCAGCAGCAACAACAACAACAAGCAACGACCACAGUCCAUUUGCAGACACACGCGUCGACCAGCGGUGCUGUUGUAUUGGCCUCAACGUCAGCCGCUGCCAGCGCAACAACUACUUCGAAAAAGAAGAAACGUAAGAAGCGCCCGAAGGACCGCAAACCGAAAUUGCGCCCGGGGGAAAUUCGAUUAACCACAGCGCUAGACGGAAGCCCAUUAUACUUGUGCCCCGAAUGUCAAGUCGCAUAUCCCGAGCCCGAUCUGCUCGAGAUCCAUUUGGUGGGGCACAAUCUGGAGCGACGUUAUAUAUGCGACAUUUGCCAAGCGGCCUUGAAGCGAAAAGAUCAUCUGACGCGUCACAAACAAUCGCAUAAUCCGGAAAGACCGUACAUCUGUACAGUUUGUCUAAAGGCUUUCAAACGAAAAGAGCAACUUAGCUUGCAUUUUGUGAUACACUCAGGAGAGAAGCGACACUUGUGUCACGAAUGUGGCAAGGGCUUCUAUCGAAAAGACCAUCUGCGCAAACACACGCGCUCUCACAUAGCGCGUCGGGUGAAGGCAGAACUUAGUAUGCAGAACGAAAGUGAACAUGGGACGAGCAUGUUGCAGCCAGUAACGGUUACGACAAUUGCCGAAGUGCAACAGCAGUCGCAAACGACA